GAAAUCUUUUUGUCGUCAGCAUACAGCAAGAAGUUUGAAUUAGCAAAACAAUCACUUUUGUCAUAUAAAUAUAUAUUGUAUAACAAAGGACCCGGGUGCGAUCCUUGAGGUACACCAGAAGUCACCUCAACAAAGUCUGAUCUAAAACCACCGAGGAUGACGGCCUGACAGCGAUUCCUUAUAUACGAUUCUGUCUAUCUAAGAAGGUUACCUCUGAUUCCAAGUGCGUGAAGCUUCUUUAGUAUUGUACUGUGGUUGACUCUAUCAAAAGCCUUUCCAAAAUCUGUGUAUAUUACAUCUAUUUGUGUUCUAUCAUUCAUGUCGCACUUAACGGUAUGAGUGAACUCAAGCAAGUUAGUUAGGACACUACGAGAUUUAAUAAAACCGUGUUGGUUGAUAGGGAUGCAUUGUAGGCAAUUUCUAUAAAUAUGAUCUUAAACAAUUUUUUCUAACCAAUAUUUGUUUUUGAAUCCUUUUUAAGUAUUGGUACUAUUCGGGCUUCCUUCCAACAUUUAGGGAAGGUCCCUUCGCUAAUGGAGCGCUUAAAGAGUGUUAGUAGAUGUAAUAGGCCCGAUUCACAUUUCUUUAUAAAAAUAGCUGGUAUACCGUCAGUACCGGCGCCCUUUCGAAUAUCCAAUUUACUUAACAACCUUCUAAGUAUUCUUUCAUCGAUCUCAAUUGUGUGAAGAUUUUCGGAAAUAUUUGAUUCCUCGUACUGGUUCUGAUAAUUUAGGUCACUAGGACAUUACAAAAACUAAAAUAUCUUAAGUCGAUAUCAUGAGAUGUGGGCGGGAACAUUGAACUCAAGCUGUUUUCUUUUCAUUCGCUUACAGCCACAGUAUAUAUAUCAGCUAAAGCAUUAUGUAAACUACGUACAAACGUUAGAUAUAACGCACGCACACAUAAGCAGGUGUCAUGCAUGUCUGUAGUUUCCAUACUGCUUUAGCGUGUAUAUCUAUAUAUAUGUAUAAAAGAAAGUCGUGUUAGUUACACCAUUUAUAACUCAAGAACGGCUAGACCAUUUUUUCUGUUGUUUGAUUUUUUGGGUUUCUCUUAGUCCGGAAUGGGAUAUUAAGUAAAAAAAUAUCGAAAAAAUUACAAAAAAUAUUAUUAUAAAAACAUUUAUUUUCUCAUACAUUUUGUAUGGAUUGACAUUUUCAUAACAUCUCGAGAAUAGAAAGAAUUCAAUGAAGUUUUUUGUUAGUUUCACGCUACAUAGGUAAGAAAAUACAAUUGACAGUGCACGUCUUGUUAUUCAAGUUGACUGGUGGGUGCAAUGACGUAAUAAAAUAAAAAAAAAUACAUAAGAUGUAUAGAAUGUCAUUUGUGGGUGUGUUUGUUUCGAGUUCCUAUUAGCUUAUUGUGCCAUCUUUCCCGACAUAGAUGUAAUGCAACUAGGAUUCGAAACAUUGCGAAUUGUACUGUCGACGAACAAGAAAUUGCAGGUAAAAAGCACCGCGUUAGUAUGGGCUCGACGUUGUGUUUCUGAAGCACAAGAGCAAAGCGAGGCAGCCAGAAAACCUCGGAGAUCAACAACUAGAUAAUUUUCGACGCACAAGAAGAAAUUUAUGAAGUACUGAUUUGAAUCGAGCAGCAUUUCGAUACGAUUGCAGUACUGAUUACGGCUUGCAUACUAGCGUUCACAUUGGGUCGAUGGACGUUGUUUGCAAGUAUUUUCCGGAGAAACGCCAGGAUUGUGCUGCCUUAGUGGGGAACUACCGUAAUCACGACAUUUUCUAGCAAACACUCAAAAAUACAAUGUGUGUUUCCAAAUGUCCUCAUUUGGGGCAGACAUUGUCUAAGAACGACGAUUUAAUCCGAUAUUCAGGGUAUUAAUUUAUUUAUAUUCUUACACACAAUACAGUAGAAGAAUAACAUACCUAUUCCUAUGUAUUAUGUAUACUCAUUCUAAAAAAAAGUGUUUACAAAUCAGUAAUACGGACUUUGCUUUUGAUUUUGUAGAUACAAGGACAGAUUCACCAUCGAAUUGGAUCAUUGCAAUCUCUCGAAGAUGCACACAAUAAAUUUUAACAAUUAUAUUUCAUGGGCACAAUGGAGGAACAACGACAUGAAGAGAUCAAUGCAGCAAUGAUAAUAGCAAUUCUUCAUGAUCUGCAGCAACUCCUUCAUGAACAUUUUGCAUGUCGAGUUAGCCCGCAAAUCCGCGAAUCUAGAAAAUCCAUUUCCCAUGUCACAGGACAACGUCUGUCGGGUUCGCUAGUAUAUAUAUAAAGAGCGGUUUCCCGUUUCGGUGAAGCUCAGUGUCGGUAUAUCAGUCCCGUGUGUCGGCAGCCGUGGCCAGCGCCCCCGCGCCGGCGUCGUGCGGCGCGCUGUGCUCGUCCGUGUCGUCGCCCGAGCUCACGACCGCCGCCAAGAGCGAGCCGCCCGGGCCCACCAACAACACACACUCGGAGUCCAGCAGCGAUACCGGCGAUCUGAUGUUCAGCGAGCUGGACGGUUUCAUUGACGAAAAUAACAUGCAUCAGAUCGAAGAGAACUCAAAUGAAGAAAAUGACGUCGACGAGGAAACUAUGUCAGGUGAGAACGACAUCGAGGACGCGUACGGACUGAACGUGGCGCAGGGCUACGACGACAGCGACAUCCUGAGCCGGCUGCUGUGCGCGGCGCACGGGCGCGGCGUCACGCCCGCGGCCAGCGACGGCAGCGCCCCCGGCCUGCGCCCCGCGCCCGUCGGCCCCGCGCCCCUCGGCCCCGCGCCCCGCGCAGACCCGCAGCUGUCCACGGCCGCGCACACCGACAUGCUGCUCUUGAACCUCAUGAAGAUCAACGGACUCACGCCGAAGUGCUCGCGCACCAACUACUGCACGCGCCUGGUUGACCCGAAACGCAACUGGAUGUCGAUGUGUAUGGAAGAGCUAGACGGGCUGGAGCGUUGCUGCAGCGGAAGCGGAAGCGAAGGCGGCAGCGUAAGCGGCAACGGGGGAUCUGGCAUGGGCGGCAGCGGGGGCUGUAGCGUGGGCGGCAGCGGGAGCGACACGCGCACCCGCAGCAGGGCGCGGGCCGGGCCGCUGUCGCCGGGCCAGCUGCGGACCGAGCCCGUCGGUCAGGCCGGCGGCGCCAGUCCCCCGAGCAGCCCUUGUCCCCGCGCCGCGCCGGAGCCGUGCUCGUGCGGAGACCUCAGUGACACCGAGGACGUGGAGGCCAUACUGGACUAUAACGACACUCUGUUCGACAUGUUGCUCAACAGCCUGUCGCUGGACGUGAGCGGGCAGGAGCCGCCGCCCGCGCACCCCUGGAGCCCGGCGCAGCCCCGCGAAUGACCCGCGAGACGACACGCCCGCGACCGGCCCGAGUACAGGCACUAACAUAUUGCACUUCCCCGAUAUUACCUUUGAGUUGUACUACACGGAAAUGGGCACCGUUGUUCCUUGCCGUCCUCAAUACAAGAUUUACUGAUAUAUUCAUUUUAUCGAGCUUGGUGUAGAGUCGUCUGUUGUGUCAAAAGUGGCAAAUCCCCUUCAAAAGUCGAGGAUGCGUCAAUUUUGCUAACACUUAUGUGUACAUACAAAUGGCGCCACAUACAUUAUACUUGGUAAUAUUAAGUAUAAGAUAACAUCGAGAAUAUUUCUAGAUUUAUUCAAUAUUUUAAAAAAGUUUAUAAAGAUAGAAAGAAAGAUAGUUAUAUUUAGCUGAAUAAUUAAAUUCAUGCUUGAAAGAGGUUUUCAGUAGUACGAAUAUUCAAAUGGAAUAAAUACUCGAUUAGAACAUAAUAUAGAAUCCAAGUCAGAGUGAGGCCCUACCCUUAGCUCGCUGUAAUGAAUGCUGUAGGUCGUUUCUGUUAAAUACUGCACCAAUUGAUAUCGUGUCGGUCCCGUUAUAAGUUCUCGUGAGUGAGUGACACCCUGACCAGUGAACCUUGAACUGUGAAUUGAAAUAUGUUGUGUAUUCAUUUAAUAUAAUGCAGUGUAUUUAUUUGUCGCCUUCUGUCUAAGUACAAAUCUAGUUAGAGCCCAUUUGUACUCAAGUGGGUAAUGUUCAUGAAGUUUUGUUUUGUGUUCCUGUCAAUAUUCAGCUUGUAGCGAUGGAUGUUAAUAGUUAUUAGGUGUAGCUCGUGACUGUCAUGAGCCCAGUAUUAUAUUACAUAUACAUGAAGAUGAACAUUAUUAAUUUAUUGAUCAUUCCAAACACUAAUUAUAUUAAUGAGUGUUUUUUAAAUGAAUGGGCUUUGUGUUGUGGAUUUUAAAUGAUCUGUGAAAUUAUGAAAUUUGGAAUGAAGCCUAAAAUAAAUAUUAUGGAAUACUAUAUUUAUUGAUGCAAUCUGUUAUGUAUUUAUCACUGUUUUGAUAUUACUGCUGUAGGAUAUUUGUUAAUGCUUUAUUAAUUUAGCAAAUUGUUAGACUGAAAUAAUUUGUGUUAUAAAUGUUAGAUUAGUUAUAAUUCAAAAUUUGUAAUGUUAUAGUAGACAUAGGCACAUGUAUUUCAAUGAAAAGCUUAAUGUUACUCCAUUAAAUAUAUUUACUUGGAGGGAAUGACAUAGUAUUAAUCUCUAAUAAAAAAAUGUAAUGCCAAAUUCUCAUUACAAAAUGAGUCCACGUUUAUUUAAAGAAUCUAUAAAAAGGUAGAUGAAUACUCUCUUAGCAAGAAAAAAUUAUCGAUAAAUUUUAGUGGCAACUAAAACAGGGCAAACUGUACUGGAUGAAGGAGGUGAAAAUUUAGUGUCAAACAAAAUAAUAUAGUAUUGUUUGAAUGAGAUUAAAAGGAUUUAUAUUAUGAUAAAACAAAAAUGCAAUAACGUUUCAUAUGAUGAUGAGAUCGCGGAACUCAGCAAUCAAACACAGCUAUAUAUAACAAGUAUUGCUGCUUUAGUGUCUAGAAAAUUAAAUUCCUUAUACAAUGAUGUAAAUUUUAUUCCAAAUAUGUAUCGAGUAUUUAUCUUGCUUGACAUAAUAAAUUAAAACAGAGUCAGAUUGUUAAUUUAAAAAUUUUGCUCCAUUGUUAGUUUUGAAAUCGGAUUUUUAAAGAAUUUUUUUUUCAUAUUUUCAUAGUUUUGUUAAAGUUUUAAAAAAUUAGACAAUUUUCUUUUAAUGUCCUAAAGAAUCUUCUUAACUAGUUGCCGUCUCAAAGAUAUUAUUAUAAAUUUUUUGAUGAGAGUGUAUAAUUAUGGACAUUAUUGUUAUUCUUGUGACAACAUUAUUUUUGGAUCUGAUCCUGUGACCGUAUAUGCUGUUCUGAACUAUUGGGAAGAUCGACCUUAACCCUAUCGUGUCAGUUGACACUUUUAUUUUGACUAACAAGCUGAAGACACCACUAACAUUAUGCCCAAAAUUUUAAUAAUGUAAAUGAUUGUAUUGGUGUUUUUGAAGAUAGGAUAAAAGUAAAUAAUACGGAAUAAUAAAAAUAAAAUAGUGUAUUGAAACAAUAUCUUAAUUAAAAAUAUAAAAUAUUAAAAUAGCUAAUAAUUGAAUGUUCAAUCAAUGAUAUCGUGUCAUGUACCUAGAUCAUUACAUGACGUAUUUUAGUACAAUUUCGUUUUUGUUAGAAUUAAACUAAAUGAUCUUGAUUAUUUUGAAUGUGUGCUUUGAGUGUAUUGUAGAUGAUGUAUCAACAGUAAAGUUAUGCAAUCAUUCAA